GUAAUUAUCUAAAUUGUGUGUAGUGUAUAGGUUUAGUGUGCACGUAUGAGUGUGAAUGUGAGUGCCUGUGCGUGUGUGGGUAGGGGGGGGGGGUCAGUGUGUGCGUAGAUGUCCAGAGUAAAAAAAACGCACACGAGCACGCACAACUGGGGUCAUUCUAACCACAUUUAACGCUGCACUGCGGGCGCAAGUACAGGGGCGGGUAGUUUAUAUUCACUGGAAGGGAGCCAACAGCCAAGGCUCUACUUCCUCCCCGCACACCCCCACAGCCCCACUCACUCCCACUCUGGACGCACACUGCCUGCUCAGUGCUCACUACCAGCCCUCUGCAGCCUGCCGGCCUCCUCUGUCCUUCCUUCCCUGGCAGAGAAUCUGCAGUGCCUGCCCCUGCAGAGAGUUAGCAUGGUACAAUCAAAGAAGAAGUUUCGCGGCGUCAGGCAGCGCCACUGGGGUUCAUGGGUCUCCGAGAUCAGGCACCCUCUACUUAAGAGGAGGGUGUGGCUGGGUACCUUCGAGACCGCCGAGGAGGCCGCGCGGGCGUACGACGAGGCUGCCGUCCUGAUGAGCGGCCGCAACGCGAAGACCAACUUCCCCGUCCCGAGAAGCGCCACCGGGGAGCUCACCCCGGUAUCGGUGGCACGGGAUGCCCGUGGCGGUGGCAGCGGCGGCGGCUCGUCCUCCGCCGCGGGUGGCAGCAACCUGUCGCAGAUCCUCAGCGCUAAACUUCGCAAGUGCUGCAAGACGCCAUCCCCGUCGCUCACCUGCCUCCGCCUCGACCCGGAGAAGUCCCACAUUGGCGUCUGGCAGAAGCGCGCGGGCUCCCGCGCCGACUCCAGCUGGGUCAUGACCGUCGAGCUCAACAAGGCCGCGGCCGCGGCAGCUUCGUCCAGAGAGGAGCCGACGCCAAGCGACGGUGCGGCGACGACGUCCACGUCUACGACGACGGACUCGCCACCGGCCAUGGACGACGAGGAGAGGAUUGCACUGCAGAUGAUCGAGGAGCUCCUGGGCAGGGGCAGCCCGGUUGACCAUUCACAUGGGAUGCUGCAUGGUGGAGAAGGCAGCCUCAUGAUCUGAAGAAGAAAAAAAAGGCCUGGUUAAACAAGUAUGAUCAAGUUACUAUCCCAGAUCAAGUAUUUGGUAGUGUGGUUGGUGCGCAAACAGUUAAGAUUGCAUCAUAUCAUAGGUAUCUCUAUUACUACAUCCAGCUUAGGAAACGUUAUAUUAAGAUUAAUCACUACUAUGUGAAGCUGUGUAUUUUUAAAGGCUUACAUGUAUGUAUACGCAGUCCCCGUCAUGAUAGUCACACCAGUGAAACUUUAAUUUCCUAUGUAUCAAUAUCAUGCUAUAUGUCAAUAUCAGUCGUGUCGCCUUCUAAUAAAAGGAAAUAAAAACCUUGUAAUUGUGGCCUUUCUUC